AUGACUGAUCCGCGAAGGGUUUCGCUGUUCAACCGCUGGUCACAGAAGCAGAACGAAGUCGCCGCCACCGGUUUCGAGGACAUCAACGAGGAGGAGAUCAUGGAGUACAAGGAGGCUUUCCGGCUUUUCGAUAAGGUAAUCUAAUAGUGGCUGGGGCUGAUUGAGAGCUUUGAGUUAAUUAGGUUCUCGAAAAGAUAGUCAGUAAAGUUGAAGCCCCCACCAAUGAUCUUCUCAAGACUGGACUAUCUGGACCUCAAAAAAAAAGAGGAAAAAUCUCAAGAACAUCAAAAUCAGUGAACCCACACCAUAGAACCACCUGAAAUAUCUGUAUUUUGAAAUAAGAUAAGCUGGAGAAAAAAUCUGAGCCGAAUUCAUGAAAUUCGAUUACCACUUGUCCAACAAAAUAACUCAGUUGGGGUUAGGUCAAAACAAGUUUUGAAUAUUUUUCAAAAUCUGGAGUAAACAAAGUUCUCCGCAAGUGAGUUGAGCAUUUGGAUGAAAUCGAAUUCCAAGACGAGAUGUUUGAACUGGAUGUGGAUCAGGGAGACUUCUGGAGUUGGGUCAAACUAGACCGACUAGGUAGCUUCUAGAGAGAGAGAGACGAUCCAGACACCAACCUUAGCCUAAACAUGAAAAAAAAACCCUCAAGGUCAGACUGUUUCAGGACGGCAACGGUUCAAUCUCCUCGAAAGAACUUGGCGUCGCGAUGCGGUCCCUCGGUCAAAACCCCACCGAGCAGGAGCUGCUCGACAUGGUCAACGAGGUCGACAUUGACGGCAGCGGGACCAUCGACUUCGGCGAGUUCUGUCAGAUGAUGAAGCGAAUGAACAAGGUUUCUUUAUUGCGAGUGUAGAUGAUCAUUGAGAUGGUUGCAGGAGAAUGACAGCGAGAUGAUCCGCGAGGCGUUCCGAGUCUUCGACCGCGACGGGAAUGGCUAUAUCACCGCCGACGAGUUCCGCUACUUCAUGACGCACAUGGGCGAGCAGUUCAGCGACCAGGAAGUCGACGAGAUCAUCGCCGAGAUUGAUAUCGACGGGGACGGACAGGUUGGUAAAGCUUAUUCUUGACAAGUUGUUAGAUCCUUUACUAUCGCUACCUACUGCUCGUGGGAAAACGGACACUUAACACCCAAAAAGGCCUCCCUUGUUAGCUUUAUGGUUCGAUUUUAGCCGCUUAAGAAUUUUCAAAAUAAUCCACUUCCUCUAAUAACUUUAGACCUCCAAAACCGAGUAAAAAGUCUUCACGGAACUUCUCAAAUAUAGUUAUUAUCGCCUCUUUUCCCCAUACUCUAUCAUUAUAUUCCAACUUUAACCGCAAUUUACGCCCACCAGAUGAACCUAAUUACGGGGGGAUCGCGCUAUCUUCAGUCGCAAUUUCACAAACGAAGUGCGACGUGGUAAAUAUUUUUAUUUUCACCCUUCGGCUUUGAAAGGAUUCUAGUCUUUUUCUUCUUGUUUUGAAUAGAUUUUUUAAAGUUCAAAAAUGAAGGUGCAAAGUUCGAAUAGUUCUACGGAUAAAAAAAUAAAAAGAAACUUAAAGAAUUGGAAUUUGAAAAAGGAUACAUUUUUUUCUAAUGAGACUUCCUUCACUAGAUCCACCAUAUUUUUUUCUCAGGGAUUCAUAAUUUCUAAAAAAACGGUGCAGCAAGCUUUUUGAUACGGCAACCUAAAAAGAAAAUCAAAAAAACCAAACGAAGCAAAAACUACGCCAAAAAAACCAGUCAAAGGAACUGAGCCUAAGACUCUUCGUUCUACAGCUAAGACCCUUACCAACUGAGCUAAGUUGAUAAAAAAGCAUUUUCUAUAAUUAAGUGAAAAAUAAAGAAAAAUCGGGCGCACAACUGAAGCCAAAAAAUUCAAAAAAGCUAGAAUUCGUCAAAAAUCAGCCAAAGGGAAUUGAACCAGCAAGCUUAAAAAUUCAUCAGAGAUCGAACCAAAGACCCUUUGAGCCUAAUUUAAACACACUAACGGCAAAAAUCCGACAGGGCCCGAAAUCAUGACCUUCCGAGUCUCAUUUGAGCCCGCAAACGGCAAAAAAACCAACAGAGACCGAACUCGGGACCCUCAAAGCCUCAUUUAAACACACAAACGGCAAAAAUCCGAUAGAGACCGAACUCGGGACUCUGUUAAGCUCAUUCAAACAAAAAACAGCAAAAAUCUAACAGAGUUCGAUCUCAUGACCCUCUAAACCUCAUUCAAACGACAAAAAAGGCAAAAAUCCAACAGAGACCGAACUCUGGACCCUCCGAGCCUCAUUCUAGCACACAAACGGCAAAAAUCCAACAGGGACCCAACUCGGAACCCCCAGAAUCUCAUCGAAACACCCAAACCUUUACCUUAUACAAAUAUUUCAAUUUUCAGAUCGACUACGAAGAAUUCGCUUCGACGUUCUCCCACUAA